GGGACCGUUUGCUGUGCCGAUUUAGCUGCCGCCGCGCCUUGGAGUCCUGAGGAACUUGGCUAGGCUGGCCCCGAGCGGAACCAGAGAAUGCUGAGGCUCUAACCAUGGAAUAUUCGGAAUGUCCCAUUCUAUGAAGGAGGAUUGCUGGCUGCAACAGGAAUAUUCAUGAACAUGGAGGGGUUGGUCAUGUUCCAGGAUCUGUCUAUAGACUUCUCUCAGGAGGAAUGGGAGUGCCUGGACGCUGCUCAGAAGGACUUAUACAGAGAUGUAAUGAUGGAGAACUACAGCAGCCUGGUCUCACUAGGUCUCUCUAUCCCAAAGCCUGAUGUGAUUUCCUUACUGGAGCAAGGGAAAGAGCCCUGGAUGGUUUCAAGGGACGUGCUGGGAGGAUGGUGCCGAGACUCGGAGUUUAGAUGUAAGACCAAAGAUUCAUGUUUGCCAAAAGAAAUCUAUGAAGUAACAUCAUCUCAGUGGGUGAGAAUGGAAAAAUGUCAUAGCCUUGUGGGCUCCAGUGUCAGAGAUGACUGGGAAUGCAAAGGCCAGUUUCAGCACCAAGAUAUAAAUCAGGAGCGAUAUUUGGAAAAAGCAAUAAUGACUUAUGAAAAAACACCAACUUUCUGCCUACAGACAUCUCUCACUCUGCAUCAUCGGAUUCAUCCUGGAGAGAAACUGUAUAAAUCCACAGAAUGUAUGGCUUUUAAGUAUGGCUCAGAACUUACACAACAGCAAGAAACCCAUACUGGUGAAAAACUCUAUAAAUGUAAGGAGUGUGGGAAGGCCUUUCAUCACUUUUCCUAUCUUGUUAAACAUCAGAGAAUUCAUACUGGGGAAAAGCCCUGUGCAUGUAAAGAAUAUGGAAAAGCUUUUAUUUCUGGCUCACAUCUUAUUCAACACCAGAAAAUGUAUACAGAUGAGAGACCUCAUGAGUGUCAGGAAUCCGUGAAGGCCUUUAGACCGUCUGCACACCUUAUUCAAUAUCGGAGAAUUCAUACUGGUGACAAACCUUAUGAAUGUAAAGAAUGUGGGAAAUCUUUUACUUCUGGCUCAACACUAAAUCAACAUCAGCAAAUUCACACUGGUGAGAAACCCUAUCAUUGUAAGCAAUGUGGAAAAUCUUUUACUGUUGGCUCAACACUAAUUCGACACCAGCAAAUUCACACUGGUGAGAAACCGUAUGAUUGUAAGGAAUGUGGAAAAUCUUUUGCUUCAGGCUCAGCACUAAUUCGACAUCAGCGAAUUCACACUGGUGAGAAACCAUAUGACUGUAAGGAAUGUGGAAAAUCUUUUACUUUUCACUCAGCACUAAUUCGACAUCAGCGAAUUCACACUGGUGAGAAACCCUAUGAUUGUAAGGAAUGUGGGAAAUCUUUUACUUUUCGCUCAGGGUUAAUUGGACACCAGGCAAUUCACACUGGUGAGAAACCCUAUGAUUGUAAAGAAUGUGGAAAAUCUUUUACUGCUGGCUCAACACUAAUUCAACAUCAGCGAACUCACACUGGUGAGAAACCCUAUGAUUGUAAGGAAUGUGGGAAAUCUUUUGCUUCGGGCUCAGCACUACUUCAACAUCAGCGAAUUCACACUGGUGAGAAACCCUAUUGUUGUAAGGAAUGUGGAAAAUCUUUUACUUUUCGCUCAACACGCAAUCGACACCAGCGAAUUCACACUGGUGAGAAACCCUAUAAUUGUAAAGAAUGUGGAAAAUCUUUUGCUUCUGGCUCAGCACUACUUCAACAUCAGCGAAUUCACACUGGUGAGAAACCCUAUCAUUGUAAGGAAUGUGGAAAAUCUUUUACUUUUCGCUCAGGGCUAAUUGGACAUCAGGCAGUUCACACUGGUGAGAAACCCUAUGAUUGUAAAGAAUGUGGAAAAUCUUUUACUUCUCGCUCAGCACUAAUUCAACAUCAGCGAAUUCACACUGGUGAGAAACCCUAUCACUGUAAGGAAUGUGGAAAAUCUUUUACUGUUGGCUCAACACUACUUCAACAUCAGCAAAUUCACACUGGUGAGAAACCUUAUGAUUGUAAGGAAUGUGGGAAGGCCUUUAGACUUCGUUUACGACUUACUCAACAUCAACAAAUCCAUACUGGUGAGAAACCUUAUCAAUGUCAGGAAUGUGGGAAAGCCUUUGUCAGUGUCUCAGGACUCACCCAACAUCACAGAAUUCACACUGGUGAGAAACCCUAUGAAUGUCCGGACUGUGGGAAGGCCUUUAGACAGCGUACAUACCUUAAUCAACAUCGGAGAAUUCAUACUGGUGAGAAACCUUAUGAAUGUAAAGAAUGUGGGAAAUCUUUUACUUUCUGCUCAGGACUAAUUCAACAUCAGCAAAAUCACACUGGUGAGAAACCCUAUGAUGGUACGGAAUGUGGGAAAUCUUUUACUUCUCACUCAACACUAAUUCAACAUCAGCAAAUUCACACUGGUGAGAAACCCUGUGAUUGUACGGAAUGUGGGAAAUCUUUUACUUCUCACUCAACACUAAUUCAACAUCAGCAAAUACACACUGGUGAGAAGCUCUAUGAUUGUAAGGAAUGUGGGAAAUCUUUUACUUCUCAUUCAACACUAAUUCAACAUCAGCCAAUUCACACUGGUGAGAAACCUUAUCAUUGCAAGGAAUGUGGGAAAUCUUUUACUCUUCGCUCAGCACUAAUUCAACAUCGGCCAGUUCACACUGGUGAGAAACGCUACAGUUGUAAAGAAUGUGGGAAAUCUUUUACUUCUCGCUCAACACUAAUUGAACAUCAGCGAAUUCACACUGGUGAGAAACCCUAUCAUUGUAAGGAAUGUGGAAAAUCUUUUGCUUUUCGCUCAGCAAUAAUCCAACAUCGGCGAAUUCACACUGGUGAGAAACCCUAUGAUUGUAAGGAAUGUGGCAAGGCCUUUAGACGUCGUUCAAAACUUACUCAACAUCAACGAAUCCAUACUGGUGAGAAACCUUAUCGAUGUCAUGAAUGUGGAAAAGCCUUUGUCCGUUUCUCAGGACUCACCAAACAUCACAGUAUUCACACUGGCGAGAAACCCUAUGAAUGUAAGACAUGUGGGAAGUCCUUCAGACAGCGUACACACCUUACUCUACAUCAGAGAAUUCAUACCGGUGACAGACCUUAUGAAUGUAAAGAAUGUGGGAAAUCUUUUACUUGUGGCUCAGAACUAAUUCGACAUCAGCGAACUCACACUGGUGAGAAGCCUUAUGAUUGUAAGGAAUGUGGGAAGGCCUUUAGAUGUCCUUCACAACUUAGUCAACAUAAACGAAUCCAUACUGGUGAGAAAACUUAUCAAUGUCCGGAAUGUGGGAAAGCCUUUUUCUAUGCCUCAGGACUCAGCCGACAUCAGAGUGUUCACACUGGCGAGAAACCCUAUGAAUGUAAGACAUGUGGGAAGGCCUUUAAACAGCUUACACAGCUUACUCGACAUCAGAGAAUUCAUGACCUAACAUAAUUAAUGUAGGAAACUGUUUUCAUGCCAUUUGUCAUGGAUCAUCAGCAGAUUCCAUAUGUGGGUCAAAUACAAUGGAUGUGUAUUACAGUGGAUGUGUAUUACUUCAUAUUCACUUUUUCCAGAAUUAAGACUUUUUUUUUUUGAGACGGAGUCUUGCUCUGUCGCCCAGGCUGGAGUGCAGUGACGCUAUGUCAGCUCACUGCAAGCUCUGCCUCCUGGGUUCAUGCCAUUCUCCUGCCUCAGCCUCCCUAGUAGCUGGGACUACAGGUACCUGCCACUACGCCUGGCUAAUUUUUUUGUUUUUGUAUUUUUAGUAGAGACAGGGUUUCACUGUGUUAGCCAGGAUGGUCUCGAUCUCCUGACAUGGUGAUCCACCCACCAAAAUUAGGACAUUUAAUACUGAAAGAAAUUGAUAAUGAAUGUAGAUGAGUUUUCUAUCAUGAUUCAAAGCUUAUUGAAGUUAUACAAAUUCAUAUUAGAGAAUGUGGUCAAUGACAAAAGACAACCAUUUACUACCUACGUGACAUUAGGCUAGUUAUGUAAAUUCUCUGUGCCAAAAUUACUAAUUGAUAAAAUGUUGAUGGCAAUAGUUGUUUUUGUGUAUUUUUUGGUUUGUUUGUUUGUUUUGUUUUGAGACAGUCUUGCUCUGUUGCCCAGGCUGGAGUGCAGUGGUGCUAUCUUGGCUCACUGCAACCUCUGCCUCCCGGGUUCAAGUGAUUCUCCUGCGUCUGCCUCCUGAGUAGCUGAGAUUACAGGCAUGCACCACCAUGCUUAGCUAAUUUUUGUAUUUUUAGUAGAGACGGGGUUUCACUGUGUUGGUCAGGGUGGUCUCAAACUCUUGACCUCGUGAUCCCCCUACCUCGGCCUCCCAAAGUGCUGGGAUUACAGGUGUGAGCCACCGCGCCUGGCUAGUAAUAGUUUUUUUGUAAUAAAUAAGUGUGACUAUAUUUUUCAUGUUUGACUACUGACUUUGUUUUAAGCUUCACCUUCCCUGUCUAUUUCCCUGUCUACUUUAGCCCAUAACUGCAAAGGUGGCUAAGAAAGUCCUUGCUGGAAAGAAAGCAAGCAAAACUAAAGUCUGUGCGCACCUUCUCCUUUGGAUCUAGUGGGCAAUUUAUAUUAGAAAUUCCAGGCCGGGCGUGGUGGCUCACGCCUGUAAUGCCAGCACUUUUGGAGGCUGAGGUGGGUGGAUCACCUGAGGUUAAGAGUUCAAGACCAGCCUGGCCAACAUGUUGAAAACCCAUCUCUACUAAAAAUACAAAAUUUGCCAGACGUGGUGGCGUAUGCCUGUAAUCCCAGCUAUUCAGGAGGCAAGGCUGGAGAAUCGCUUGAACCUGGGAGGCGGAUGUUGCAGUGAGCCAGUCAGUGGAGCGGUCAGAACACACACAGUGUUUAUCAAUUAAGUUUGUAGUCAGAACACACACCAUGUUUAUCAAUUAAGUUUGCUGUCUUAUAUGGACACAGUUUGUGAUGCCCUAAAACAAGUAGUGGUGCCAAAGAUAAUCAUAGGCCACCAUAACAGAUAUAAUGACAAUGAGAAAGUUGAAAUAUUGUUGGGAUCAUCCAAAUAUGACACAGAUACAAAGUGAGCACAUGCUGGUGAAUAAAUGGAGCCAAUAGACUUGUUCACUGCAUGGUUAUGUCAGAGGCGUGUAAACCAGAGCAACUUCUUCUCGAAUAGGAGCUGUGUAAAGUAACACUGAAACCUACUGGACUGCAUUCCUAGACAGUUAAGUCAUUCUAAGUCACAAGAUGAGAUAUGAGGUCAGCAUAAGAUACAGGUCAUAAAGACCUUGCUGAGAAAACAUCUUGCAGUAAAGAAGUUGGCCAAAUCCAAGAUGGUGACAAGAGUGACCUCUGGUCGUCCUCACUGCUAUACUCCCAGCAGCACCAUGACACCCAGCUAAGUUUUUAUUUUUUAUUUCAGUAGAGUUGGAGUCUUGCUUUGUUACCCAGGCUGGUCUUGAAUUCCUGUCUUCAAGCAAUCUUCCCACCUUAUGAAUAUAAAGAAUGGCCCACCUUGGCCUCUCAAAGUGCUGGGAUUACAAUCAUGAGCCACUGCACCUGGGACUUUUUUUUUCUUUUUUCUUUUUUUUUUUUUUGAGAUGGAGUUUUGCUCUUGUUGCCCAGGCUGGAGUGCAAUGGCACGAUCUCGGCUCACUGCAACCUCCGCCUCCCGGGUUCAAGCGAUUCUCUUGCCUCAGCCUCCUGAGUAACUGGGAUUACAGGCAUGCUCCACCAUGCCCGGCUAAUUUUUGUAUUAUUUAGUAGAGACGGGGUUUCUCCAUGUUGGUCAGGCUGGUCUCUGAACUCUGGGCAGGGCUAAUUUAGAUAAGGUAGUCAGGAAAGGCAUUUCUUACAAGGUGGUAUUUGCAUGAAUGUAGACAUAUGGUUGCAUUUUAUUAUAUGUAAAUUACACUUCAAUAAAGUUGAUGAAAAAAAUCUUA